GAUACAGACCUGUAAUUUCUUCUCCUCUGAGAUUUUGGGGAGAGUUCUCUCAAAACUCCUCUAGGGCUUUGACGAAAAGAUUUUCUUUUUCUUUCGAAGACUUGACUUUAGUGAGAAGUCUUCCAUUUCCUAACUAUUUAAAAGUUAGUCUAAAAGGCUAAUAUUUUGGAAAAGGGGCUCUUAAAUUUCUUAGACUUAAAUUAACAAGCCCACCCAGCCCAGGGAGAGCGAAAUAGUCUCGCCUUAAUAAAAAAGGUGAAAAAUCCUUCAUUGACUCUCGAGAGACUUAACUCGUUGUCUCCUUCAUUGGACUAAGCCCCAACCAUGGUGAUGUUCAAGAAAGUCAAGACUUUGGAGGUGGUCUUCAGCGACCCCGAAAAGGUCUACUGCAGUGGGGAGAAGGUGGCCGGCCGGGUGGUGGUCGAGGUGUGCGACGUGACCCGGGUCAAGGCCGUGAGAAUCCUGGCCUGCGGGGUGGCCAAGGUGCUGUGGCUGCAGGGCUCGCAGCAGUGCAAGCAGGCGAUGGAGUACCUGCGCUAUGAGGACACCCUCCUGCUGGAAGAUCAACCCGCAGCUGAUGAUGAGUCUGUGAUCAUGAGACCUGGAAACAAGUAUGAGUACAAGUUCGGCUUUGAACUUCCUCAGGGGCCUCUGGGAACCUCAUUCAAGGGAAAAUAUGGCUGUGUGGACUACUGGGUAAAGGCUUUCCUAGACCGUCCUAGCCAGCCCUCUCAAGAAACCAAGAAGUACUUUGAAGUGAUGGAUCCAGUGGAUGUCAAUACCCCUGAUUUGAUGGCACCUGUGUCUGCCAAGAAAGAGAAAAAAGUUUCUUGCCUGUUUAUUCCUGAUGGGAGGGUAUCUGUCUCUGCCCGGAUUGACCGAAAAGGAUUUUGCGAAGGUGAUGAAAUCUCCAUCAAUGCUGACUUUGAGAAUACAUGUUCCCGAAUUGUUGUGCCCAAGGCUGCUAUUGUUGCCCGACACACUUACCUUGCCAAUGGCCAGACCAAGGUGUUGACCCAAAAGCUGUCUUCUGUUCGAGGCAACCAUAUCAUUUCUGGCACCUGUGAAUCAUGGCGUGGCAAAAGUCUUCGAGUGCAGAAGAUCAAACCCUCCAUCCUUGGUUGCAACAUCCUUCGUGUUGAAUACUCUUUAUUGAUCUAUGUUAGUGUCCCUGGAUCUAAGAAAGUCAUUCUGGACCUACCCCUAGUCAUUGGCAGCAAGUCUGGACUCAGCAGUCGGACAUCUAGCAUGGCUAGCCGAACCAGCUCUGAAAUGAGUUGGGUGGAUCUAAACAUCCCUGACACCCCAGAAGCGCCUCCUUGCUACAUGGAUAUCAUUCCUGAAGAUCACAGGCUGGAGAGUCCUACCACUCCUCUCCUAGAUGAUAGCUCCCUGGACAGCCCCAUCUUUAUGUAUCCAUCGGAGUUCAAGUUUAUGCCUCCACCCACUUAUACUGAGGUGGAUCCCUGUAUUGUCAACAACAACGUGCAGUGAAUAUGCCAAAGAAGAGAAGCAGCUGUUUAUCUACCUGUUUCUUUCUGUCUCUCCUGGACUCGAUUUUUCAGAAGCAUGACAGCCUCCACCCACCAUGGGGGGAUGGGUUUACUUUAACCUCUGUCUCCCUGAUGUUGGGAGAUCAUCAGGCAGUUGUCUCCCAAGACAGCCGCCAAAGUGUGUCCAUUCUCUCAGCCAGUCUUGCUGUUGUGUCAUAGAAGGUGUUUGCUGGUUUGUGGGAGGUUUGGAUUCUGUUGUGACCCGUUAUCCUCAGAAUUCCCUGAAUUAUGAGGGGUUUUCAGUAGUUUGAAGCUGGGUUGGGAUGGCCUCUAGAUUGGUCUUCCCAGGAUAUCUCUGGGGAGGGGGGGAUUGAUUUCAGAAAAUCACAAAAAGUUGACUUCUGAGAACCUGCUUUUGCACCAUGCCAGGCAAAGGUGAUUUAAGGAGCUGGGAAACGGAAAUAAUGGCCAAAAUUCUGAUGGGAAGAGGCUUCCUGAAACUAGUGUAGCCCUUCCCAAAUACCAACUCUAUGUGUGUUUUUUAAGGUGCUCCCAGUUCUUGUAGAAACUUUCCCUAUAAGAAAGGGAAGUGAUCCACUCCACUUCUCAGAUAGCAUGUUAUCCUUGUUUCAAAGCAGAGGCAAAUAGAUACUCAUGAGGGAAGCUGGUGAAAGCUUGUGGCUAAACACUUUGUUCUUCCCCUCAUGCGGUUUUCUUAAGAGUUUGGGUUCAGUGUCAGUAGGAAGAGGAAGGCACAAAAUAUCUUCAGAACUCCCUUGGAGUUCGUUCUGAAGUAUUGUUCUUAGCACUUUUAUUCUUUUGUUUUCCAUUGGGGAUUUUUCCUCAUAGUCCCCAAGCAUUAAACUACAAGUGGCCUGCUUUGUCUCCAAGGUGGGUAGGGGAAAUUGAUGAUAUUGAUGAAAGAUUGCCAGUAGCUUCCUGAGGGCUGACAAUAAUAUUAACUGCACUAGUUAUGGGGAAGGGCCUUCCAGUCCCAGCCCAGCAAGCUGAAGGAGAAACUAGCAAACACUCCAAAGCUGGGAUCAAAUACUGCCAAGUAACCUCUUGGGAAGCAAGUCAGAAUCAGACAGGUUUCCCACCCCUGAAUACACUCCCAGUGUUAAGAGGAGUUUGAACUGCUCCUUCCUCCCCUUAGUCCCUCAGCACUUGAUGAAUCAACUUAAGCAAUGAGCACUUUUCUCUACCCUAUGUCAAAGCACUGAGCCCCACUCUUAUCUGUGAACUGUCCAACCAGAAAAUGGACUGAAAGUGGUUUGGUUUUUUAAAAUGUAUCUUUUUUGUAUGUUAAAAAUUAUAUUUUUUACUUUUUAUCAGAGAUAUUUU